AUGUCCUCCGCCCAAGGCAAAACCGUCAUCGUCACCGGCGCAGCCGGCGGUCUCGGCAAAGCCAUCGCGGCAGCCUUCCUCUUCGCCGGCGCCAACGUCGUGAUCUGCGACGUCAACCAAGAGCGCCUCACCUCCGUAGAAAGCGAAUGGUCCCAAUCCCACGCCGGCAAGUUCCUCACUCAGCAAACCGACGUCACAGACGAUGCCGCCGUGCAAAAGCUAGUCGACGACACCGUCGCCAAGUUCGGCCGUCUCGACGUGCUUGUCAACAAUGCCGGCAUCAUGGACGACUUUUCGCCUGUUGGGACCUGCUCGCGCGAGCAGUGGGACCGUGUGCUGGGGAUUAACUUGAACGGGCCGUAUCUGGCUUCGAAGGCGGCUAUUGCGCAAUUUGAGAAGCAGAAAGGGGAGGGGGAGUUUGGGGUGAUUAUUAACAUUGGGUCGACCUCGAGCGUGCAGGGCUUCAAGGCUGGCGCGGCGUACUCGGUGUCUAAGGCUGGUCUUGUCGCGCUGACGAAGAACACUGCUGGGUUUUAUGGGGAUAAGGGCAUCCACACUAUUGCCUUGUUGUUGGGCGGGAUGGACACCAACAUCACCGAUGCCUUCGCUCGCGGGCUAAACAUGGAAGCCUUCGAGAAAAUCCAGGCUUCUCAAACACCCUUCUCUCCGGAGCGCCGGGUCCCCAUCGAGUCGGUUGCGAAGUACUGUGUCUUCCUUUCCGACAAGGACAUUGCGCCCUCUGCCAACGGCUCGUGCGUCCCGUUCAACAAGAACUGGCCUGAGGCGUAA